AUGGCAUCGCAUUUCACUACCCUUAAUAAUGGCCAGAUCAUCCCUGCAAUCGGGCUUGGAACGUGGCAAUCGAAACCCAAUGAAGUCGCUCGCGCCGUCGAACAUGCGCUGAAGGCAGGCUAUAGACACAUUGACUGUGCCUGGGCGUAUGGGAACGAAAAGGAAGUCGGGGAGGGUCUGCGUGCAUCGGGCGUUCCGCGGGAGGAGGUGUUUAUCACCAGCAAGCUUUGGGGUACAUACCAUAGACGUGUUGAGGAAUGCCUCGACCAGACACUCGCAAACCUGGGAACAACAUAUCUUGACCUUUACCUUGUGCACUGGCCUAUUGCGAUGAACCCGAAUGGGAAUCACCCUGUCAUGCCGAUGCGCCCGAACGGAAACCGUGACAUCGAUGAAUCCUGGGACCUCAUAGACACCUGGAAGGGUAUGGAAGCCAUGGUAAAGAAGGGUAAAGUCAAGGCAAUUGGUGCAUCAAACUUCUCCCAGACGGUACUCGAGAGGAUUUUGCCCACGGCUGAGAUCAUCCCGGCUGUUAAUCAGCUCGAAAUUCAUCUGUACAAUCCUCAGCUCGAACUUCUUGAGUACUUGAAGUCGAAGAAAAUUGUUCCACAAGCAUACUCGCCCCUUGGUUCGACCAACUCUCCGCUGUUGGCCGAUGAGUUUGCCACAGAGAUCGCAAAGAAGCAUGGCCUCAAGAGCACGUCCGAUGUCCUUCUCGGCUACCUGCUGGCGAAGGAUAUCAUUGUCCUUCCCAAAUCAGUGACACCAUCCCGUAUCGAGUCCAACUUGACCGGCACGCUAGAGGCAUACAGUGUGCUAACACCAGAGGACAUUAAAAUCCUCGACGGUGUAGCAGCAGGUGGCAAACAGAAGCGUUUCAUUAUGCCUCCCUGGGGUAUUGACCUUGGCUUCGAUAAUUGGCCUGUUCCAACUAAGUGA